AUGCUGUACGGAGCGGAGACCUGGACUGUGUACACUAAGCAAGCACGACGACUUAACCACUUCCACCUGAGCUGUCUUCGUCGGAUCCUGAGGCUGAACUGGCAGGAUCGAAUCCCCGACAGAGAUGUGCUGGAACGGACGCGAAUCCUCAGCAUCUACAGCAUGCUGAGACAAUUGCAGCAGCGCUGGAGCGGACAUCAGGUGCGUAUGGAUGACGAGCGACUACCGAAACGACUCUUCCACGGAGAGGUCGCCACCGGUUCUCGCCGUCAAGGAGGCCAAAUUCGUCGUUACAAGGAUACCCUAAAGUCCUCCCUGAAGCGCCUGCAAAUCAACUCGACCAACUGGGAAGAGCUCGCCCGCGAUUGUCCGACAUGGAGGAGAACAGUGAAGACGGGCGCUGCUAUCUACGAAGCCAACUGA